GUAAGCUCAGUGGUUUGUAAAACUAAUGUAAAAACACGCACUGGGCCGCCAUUAAAAAAAAAAAAUACUUCACGGACAUGGAGAAAAAUCGGAAUUGACCAUUGUAGGAUUAUACUCGAACGUAACGUGGCAGCUGGACAAGCAAACACAACGAAAACAUGCUAAGAUGUCCACAGAAGUGUCCCUUAUGUGUUGUUUUAGAAAUUGAGAGUGAUUUCUUGGAGGCAAACUAUCAGUAAAACAGAGUUCCUGUUUGUUAUGUUUGGGAAAUCGAGACCGACGCAUCACCAUACUCCUUUGUACCAAACAUCUGAUGUGCACCUGAAGGCAUCACAUGACUAGGGAGUGGUCGAUUUCUCAGCAGACCGACAUGAGUCAUAUUUCCGUGAAGACGGCCACGGACUCAACCGUUUGCUCUUCAACUCCGGUAACCAGCCGACUCCUGUUUCAGGUGACCAGAAGGCAAGAAUGGCUGCUGCUUCAGUGAGCUACCACUUGCCUCUUCACAGGAAGUUAGCAAGAAAUAGUAUCCAGACAUGUGGACACUAUUUGGUGAACAUUUCAAAGAGGAAAAGGAUCGCCAAUCAGAGGUUUGACCGGAUCGCAUGAGAAACAUUGCGUCUCUACGGUCGACACUCAAACUCGACUACAUUGUUGAGUUUGAGUGUGACGACCCUCCAACUCUGCUGGCCGGGUUCCUGCUCGAAGACGGCUUCCUGGUGGGAGGAGCUGGGACGUUCACCUGGUCAUACCAGCCCAUCUGAUUGGAGCCUCCAAGAAGGCGUAAAAGACAGCACUUCUGGGAGUGUCUCUCAAGUCAGCCUUGAAGAGGAUCGUUGGCGAUAAUUCUCCACAAGAAGAAGCUGAUGACCUCCGUGUGUGGGUAGGUGCCACCGUCACUGCCUACUACACACGCUUUACCGGCGAGCCGUGAUAACAACGUUUAAACCUCCAGUGAAACUCUUCACUACAUUAUUGUGUGAACAUUAGAGACGAGAGUAACCGAGAUGAACAUGAGCUCCAGAAUCAGGAGGACAUUCUCACUGUGACAGAAAACAUGACAACAAAAAGAAAAACAGAACGUUCUGUUCAAACUACUCGAGCAGUUUGGCCACGCACCUGUUGACAGACUGAUGAAUGCAGCACUAUCCUUAAGGACAUUGUAAAACACUUUGAGACGUGCACCAGAUAUAGCAAACCAAAGCCGGGAGUGUGAUGUCUGCAUGCAACCGACCACUUCACACGCUUCAGUGCAACUCAGGGAGAUCGUGAAGCACUAUAUACAUUGCUGGAUACGUGUUCAUGGUCCUUCACGCAGACUGUUCAGGGACGAUGGGGGUGAAUUCAACAAUAAAGAUAGGAGAGACAAGCUUCAACAUUGAAGUGAAAACCACUGCAGCUUACAGCCCAUGGAUCAAUGGGCUUUAGGAAAGGUAUAUCAAACCCUCACUGAACUCCUGAUGAGAGGGUAGAGGAACAAUGGAUGUGACUGGAGGAUGGCCACUGGAAAAGCCACUGGAACAUAGAAAUACUGUUAAAACUUGGAGUCCAUUGAGCCUGAGGACAUUUCUGGCACUACCGGUUCUGUUGUCCCAUCUGAGCAUGUCAAAUUAUGUGCUAGCCAUCCUGAAGAAGACCUACUUAUUGGGAAUGAUGACGCCUUCAUGUCUGCCAAACACAGUGAACUCUGCAACUGGAAAAAGAACGAUGUGUUUUGAAGAAGUAAAAGACGAAGGCCAGAAAUGCAUCUCUACGAGGUGGGUGUGCUCACUCAAGGAGACACCUGAUGGUGUUGUACCUAAAGCUAGAUUAGUUGGAAGAGGCUUUGAAGAAAUGAACACUGCGGAGCUCCCAAAAGACUCCCUACAUGUGCCUUGGAGUCUCAAAAAAAAGAUUAUGGCAGUGAUAUUUCCAAAGAAAUGUCCGCUAACCUCUCUGGACAUGAAAGCAGCCUUUUUACCAGUCAAAGAGUUAACUUGAAGCCUUGCUUGUCAUGUGGUUGAUGUCAUCUGGGGUGGUCCAGAAACAUUCUCCACAACGUCAUCCCUCAGACUUGAAGUGCACAACAGCUUCAGCUACAUUGAAAUGUAUUCACAAGAAGAAUCUACAACCCAUUCCUGUGGACCCCGACAGAGCCUCUAACAGACACUGAAGCUGACAUGUUAACGUCAAAGAUUGGCCAAAUAUUGUGUAGCAAGGCAAUGAAGACAUUCAACAUAACGUGCGACAUAUCCAUCCCAGCAUCAAGUAAGAAGCAUGCUGCUGUGCAGACUCUACACUGUGCAAACAAACGGGUCAGGAGACUGAACUCAGAAGAGGUGACCUUGAGGUUUCAGCUGGCUGAAUGAAGCCAGUGGAGUUCAGUGAUUCCUCGACGGGAAACCUUCCAGACGGAGGAACUCGAGGUGGACACCUGGUCCUGCUUAUGGGAGAGAGUGCACGAUUUCCACCUGUAUGUUGGCAGUCAAAGAGGUUCUGUGCUCCGAGUUAACCAAGUCAACGAGCAGCACCCAAAGUCGGCCGACCAUCGUCCUGCUCUCCUGCAACUCAGAAGAAACGCUGCCCCCGAAGACCCUCAGAGCCACAACCAGAUGUGCAUUCUGAACAACUGUGGACUCGGAUGAGGUCUGCAGCUAUGCUUAAUUUCCUGCACAGCAAAGAACUUGAAGGUUCAGAUCACCUGACAACGAUGUCAAAGCUCGUGUCCACAUAUAAACAAAAAACUAUGGCCUUAAAGAAUCCAGCUCGUGCCACGUGGACGAUUGGAGACCUUCAUGACACCAUUUACAGUGACGAGGACAACGUGGUGGAUGGGUGGAACAAAUUCUACCUUCCAGAAAUAGUCAACAUGCAGGUUCUGGGUGUGGUGAAGGGGACUUCGUGUCCGUGUGACCAGCUGGUUCUGAUGACCUGCGAGGACACAAUGGUGUACGGCUACGAUGGAGAGGAGCUGCACCUGGUGGCUUCAAGCAUAAAUCAGCUGAGUGACAAGGGGCUAAAGUAUCCAGCAGCCGAGUCCUAUGACAAAGGGAAGCCCUUCCAAAAAAUGAGCAACAAGGACUGGGAUACAGUGAAGAAGGGUACCGUGGGGCAACAUUUGAACCAAAAGCAUCACAAACUGGUGAUAGGACAAAAGUCCAGAUUCUUGGAGAAUCUCAGAUCCAUCAGACGCAACACAGGUCCCGCCCACUCGGAAGGAACGCACUGACGAUUUUUGUUUUGGCUGGUGUUUAAUAUUGAUUGGUCACUUAUUGAUAAGGUGAUCACAUGUAUCUGAUUUAAUAUGAUGUAUCUAUUACUAAUGGCAUUACAUUCAUGCUUUUAUUAUCAUUAUUAGUAGACUGUAUCUACUGCUGCUGUUAUAAGUAGUCAUAAUUUUUCUGAUUAUAUAUAUUUUUGACUAAAAAAAAUAAAUUAGAUAAAAUAAAAUGGAGAGGCUGUAGCUCAGUGGUCGUCCCGUAACCACAAGGUAGCCGGUUCGAUCCCCGCUCUCCCCCAUAGUUGCAUGUUGAAGUGUCCUUGAGCAAGGCACUGAACCCCCAGUUGCUCUCCGGGCGCUUCACUGCUCCUUAAUAAUUAAGAAUGGGUCCAAUGCACGAGGAUCAAUAAGUGUACAUUUAUUUUGGAUUUCAUUUAAUUAAUGAUAUAGAGGUUGAACAACAAUUGAAGGACUACCUCUUAAUUCCUUUAUUUUUUAUUUCUCAGAGCAUUUCGUGAUCUAUUGUAUAUUUUGUUAAUAAUGUGAAUUAAGGUGAUAAUGGAAUUACCAUUUCAAACAUUUAUUUCCAAUAAUUGAAUAUGAGACUAAUAUUUUUUUCUUAUCAUAUAUUCUGUGACAAUAAUACAGUUUUUUCUUCUAUGAGCACUUUAAUUAUGUCUUCUUUGCCCAAUAAAAGUAUUUUUGUAAACCCUUGAA